GUUUUUUCCAAGGGGCAACCCAGUAACCUUUUUCUCCCUUCGCUUGCGCAACACCCACUGUGUGAAAAGGCAGGCAAGCGCGCUGCAAAGCUCAUUCAAGAGUGGCUUAGUAUUUUUCUUCCUUUAAAUGAACCAACGCAACCACCCCGCGUUAACUUUUUUUUAAAGCUUUGUUUUCCCGUUGUGGUUUCGAAACAAGACCAUGAAGGGGAGGGGGGCGUGGAUGUAUGCGAGGGGAGGGCCUCCUCAGCCAGACCCGGAGAGGCAAAGUGGGGCGGAGAGAGGCCCGAAAGCCGAGAAGGCUGAUGCGCAACGCCCGGCACGUGGCUGCCUGGCUCGGCUACCCCACCGAAGAGAAAGCGGCGGGGCGGCGCCUGUGCCGGAAGUGCGCAGGGCAGACCAAGCGGCUCCGGCGCCACUCCGGAUCAACAAAGCCGAGCGCGCUCGGAGGGGGGCCGUGGCGUUCCCGUGGCCAGGUGAGAGGAGAGAGGGGCGGGUGGUGAAGGGGCCGGACCUACCGCGGGUUUGUUUUCUUUUCCCCGGAACACGCCCGGAUCCGCUUCCUUUCUGAGGGAUGCUGGUCCUGCGGUCGUGAUUGCAUUUUAAAUACUGCCAGGCACCAUAAAUAAUGUGAUGUUUGUCCCAUCAGAGGCGAGCGGGGGGGAUCAUCUGUGUUUUUUGAUGGGGGUUGAAGGCGCAGCCCUUUUGCCAGUGGGUCUUCCUUACUCCCAUGUAAAUGCGUUUAGGAUUGCAGUCUCAGUCCCUGUGCAUGCUUGCUGGGAAGGAAGCCGGGCUGCUUUCGGUUGGCGUCCGCGUCCUAGUUAAACGUACACAGGGGGUUGUAAAUCCCCAAAUCCCCAGGUUUGUUGUAUUAUGCGUAUCGCGAAGUGUCCUAAACAACAACAAGGAAGCUCUUGCCCACCUGUCUUACAGAAAGGAGUCCUUGUUGCUGCAGCAGCGAAAACAACCGAGAGCCUUUUAUUGCCUUGGAAAUUAACGGAUUUUUAUGCCAUCAGCACUUGGGGGCUCGGGCCAUUUCAUCAGAUGCAUGGUGUGUUAUCCCCGGUUCACCCAGUCAUCGAUAAUAACAGGAAUAGGUAAAAUACUGUAAACAUUGAGGCAAUACAAAAGAUGCAGUCUAGAUGUACAGAUGUUUCUUUGCAAGGUUCAAGUUCAGAAAAAGACAAUGAUUUAGCUAUGAAGCUUUUCUUAUUAUUUUGUCUCCAGACCAAGAAAAGGUUUGACUGUGGCAUUUUGGCAUGUCAAGCAGCUAGCUGUUAAUUACAAAAGUCUUGUUGAAAGAAGAGUGAGACUCUUGUUGUCAGGUGAUUUUUAGAGAACAACUUUUUUUACAGUGACAUUCAGGUUUUGGUUUCCCCCCAAUUGUUCAUUGAUACAGUCAUAACUCGGGAUAAAUACGCUUCAGGUUGAGCACUUUCGGGUUGCGCUCUGCAGCAACCUGGAAGUAACGGAGCGCGUUACUUCCAGGUUUUGCCACUCGCGCAUGUGCAGAAGUGGCGAGACGUGACAUGCGCAGACGCGCUGUCGCGUCUUAUGUUCUGUUCGGGAUGCGAAUGAGGCUCUGGAACGGAUCCCGUUCGCAUGCCGAGGUACCACUGUAUUGUAUUGUGUUCUUGUUGCUGUCGUGGUGGGUUAAUAUCUCUAUUUCACACACAUGUAUGUGUUAUGGGGGAGGUGUAUCAUUUUUACUCUCCCAAUUAGAAAUGCAACACUAAUAGUUAACUAGCAUUAACUUGGGCGGUGUGUGUGUGUCAAAUGUGGCUCCUUCCAGGCAUCACUGACUGGCCUUCAGAACACUUCCAAGGCUGCAUUCCAGCUGGUUCUGCUUUGCACAUUGCAUAUUUUUGCUUGGUUGGGAUGUGCCCUUGAACUCUGAUAAUGCCUCUUGCUUAACUGGAUGAAGGACAGGCAGAGAGGUAUGUGCAUGUGUGUAGGAACUCGCUUCCUUUACAGACAUAACAUUUACACUUGUUGCUCUGUCUGGUCAGCCUACCGCUGGCCUCUCUGAAGGUUUCCCAGGAGGGAAUGUGGCUCUCACGCUAAAAAAUAGGUUCCCCAACCCUGCUGUAGAUAAUGUCUCACACUACCACUUUCCCAGCAUCUCUUGCCAAACCAAGCCUUAUGGAUCACUACAUGUCAACCCGCAAGGAGAUAUGCUAACAUUACUAGUGAUUCACUGAAGAAGAGUUUGGAUUUGAUAUCCCGCCUUUCACUCCCUUUAAGGAGUCUCAAAGCGGCUAACAUUCUCCUUUCCCUUCCUCCCCCACAACAAACACUCUGUGAGGUGAGUGGGGCUGAGAGACUUCAGAGAAGUGUGAAUAGCCCAAGGUCACCCAGCAGCUGCAUGCGGAGGAGCGGAGACGCGAACCCGGUUCCCCAGAUUAUGAAUUUACUGCUCUUAACCACUACACCACACAGGCUCUCUGAGUGUGCACCAAUUAUAAAGAGGAGCACGACUCAAAAUCCAGACAGAACACAGUACCUAUUUGAUCUGGGCUAUUGAUGUUGUAGUCAAAUCUGCCAAAAGCCACUCAGAAAUUUAAACCCAAUGGGUCUAUUUAGACUCAUUUACACAUAACGUUCAGUAUAGCUAGUGCAGAAAGGGGUGCAGAAUAAAGGGGGAAAGGAAGGAACAUGCCUGGAAGAGGAAGAAGAGGGAGGAAUAUGCCAGUCCAUGGGGCAUUUUCAGUUUCCUCUGCAUUGUACCAUUACAUUUGUACAAGGCCUGUGUCAGAAUUGUUUUAAUAGUCUAAAUCUGUGAUGCAGAAGAUGCCGUACCAAGUAGACCUUUUUCUUUCAAAGUAGCGCUUAGCAUAGAAAAGGCUCCUGGAUUGGUGGAUGUUCUGUUUCCCAAUCAACUUGGAACUUGCCAAACGAAAUGGCACAGACCAGCUUUUUAUCAGUUAAUGUCCUUGGCAGUAGCAGAAAUGAAAACAAUAGGCAUGUCGUUAAUGCCGCCUCCUUAUGAUUUGAAGUCCUUGGGAUCAGCAGUUGCCUUGGAGCUGUAUACAGAUUUUGGAGAAAGCAAUCACCAGAGAAACGUUUUUAUUCACCCGGGAUGUGCCUACCUUUAACAUCUGGGAAAUAUGCAUUGCCUCCUAAUGAUACUUUAAUUAGCUACUUUUGGAAAUGCUGAUUAUAACAUGAUUCACAAUACUGCUACUUUCUGUCUGCCUUGUACAGCAGCAACUAUGGAGGGACAUGGAAAAAAAUCAUCAUCAAGUCAGCCUAAAGUAAGUUGUCCUUGAUCUGCAUCCAUUAUUUUGGGAGUGUAGCUCAUAAUAUUUGGUAGCUUUUCUAAAAUGUCACCAUUUGGAUGGAUCGGAAUAACAUUUACAUGUAAAUAAACAAAUGUAUGCCACAUUCUUAGAAAUGAAAAAUACAUGAGCAUAACUACAACGACCGUAAGAUUGACCUAUUUGGCAAAUUAAAACUCUUAUGUCUAAUGAAUAUUGCUUUUAUAUACGUAACGUUGAUAUAUGUUUGUACUAUUACUGCAUUAUACAUGGGGCUGCAUCUGAAGACAGUUUGGAAACUUCAGCUAGUGCAUAAUUUGGUGGUCAGGUUUGUCACCUGGACAAGAUGGUGUGAACAUAUUGCACUGAUCCUGGUCCAAUUGCACUGAUUAUCAGUUAGUUUCCCAGCCCAAUUCACAGUGUUGGUUUAGACUUAAAAAGCCUUAAAUGGCUCUUGUAUGAACCAACCUGGACCUUGUGAUUGUCAUCUGAGCCCCUUCUUCUUGUGUCUCCUCCAUGAGGAGGGUGGCAAUACAAGAGUGGCCCUUUCCUGCAGUGUCUCCCCGUAUGUGGAAUGCUUGCCUGGUGCCUUCUCUACCCAUCUAGGCGCCAGGUGAAUAUGUUCCUCUGUGAGUAGGCCUGAUUAACAUUCUAUGGUCUGUUAAAUGUGUUUGUGGGGGAAGGGUUAUUGGUUUUUGUUGUAUUAUGUAUUUUGUGUUCUCAUUUUAUAUUUUUAUGUUGUGAACCGCCCUGUGAUCUUUGGUUGAAGGGUGGUAUACAAAUUUAAUUGUUGUUGUUGUUGUUGUUGUUAAAUGCUGCUGAGCAUGCUUUAACAGUAUUCAAAAUAAAAGUAAACUAAAACCAGAACAGUCUGCAGAGUUCACAGAUAAGUAGCCUUACUUGUUGCCAUCUUCACCGGAAGUCUCACAAGUUCAGUGCCCAGAGUUCCAAAUGCGAAUAUCAUAAUUUACUAGUUUCUGUACCUUAACUCUUUUUUCCUUGAAGGUUGUGUGUGGAGUUCAAUGUUGUUUUAUUGUUUUCUUUUCCAUUCUUUUGCUGCAAAAAAUGCAAUGUUUCAUUCCAGUAUCGAAUACCAAAGAAGAAAUCCUCACAGUCAGAUGAUGCCCAUGUUCAGUCCCCACUGUCUAGACUUUCCCACCCGUGGGAUCGCACAUUGCAAGAGGUAAACAGAAGUUUAUUGUUUUCUGCACUGCUGUGAAGGGCUUGGGAAGAGCUAUUUUAGGGCAAGCAUUAUUCAUGUUUUGAAAAUUAAAUGUUCUAUAAUUACAGUGGUAUCCCACAAGAUGUUGUGUACUACAGUGGUACCUUGGGUUAAGAACUUAAUUCGUUCCGGAGGUCCGUUCUUAACCUGAAACUGUUCUUAACCUGAAGCACCACUUUAGCUAAUGGGGCCUCCCGCUGCUGCCGCGCGAUUUCUGUUCUCAUCCUGAAGCAAAAUUCUUAACCUGUGGUACUAUUUCUGGGUUAGUGGAGUCUGUAACCUGAAGUGUAUGUAACCCGAGGUACCACUGUAUUUAAAUAUCUAGUUUUGCACUUUAUGCCUGCGAAUGAUAAAUAACACAUUGAGCUGACACUUUAUGAAAAAUGAAGGACGAAACUAUUUAACACCUUUCAUUUGUUCAUUUUGACUGCAGUUUUCUGUGCAAUAAAAGCAAGAUACGGAGGAGGGGUCUCUCGUAAGAAACACUUAUGUCCCCUCUUCCCCACGUGCUUGUUGCAAGGACACGGCAUCUCAGCAAGCCCAUCCAUUUAAAUGGGCAGGUCUGAAGCAGAGAGACAGACAGACAGAUAUCUCAUGCACACCGCUUUCUCUCUCACUCAGACACAGACAAUAAGGCAGCAAGUGCCCAGGGAGAAAGAGAGUGUCUCUGUGCUAUGUACUGAAAGGAGGCUUCCUUUCUCAGUGUACACCACAGAAAGGCAAUAAACUGCCCUUGUGAAAGAAAGCAAACUCUUGAUUCACGGGCAACUUGAUAGCAGGACUCAGUCAUGCUUCCUCUUCCCUGCUGCUGAGCUGUUCCCUACUUGUGGCGGUGGCAAAUUGUACAGGGGAAACCUCCCCAUCCUGCAUUUUUGUCCCUCCUCUCUGCCAUGCUCAGCUUAUCAGAGGGAACCAGCAGGACAAAAGGGGCCUGAGAGAGGGGGUGGCAUGGGGAGAGGCCUGCUGGCUGCAUCCAGCCCAUGGAUGGCGCAUCCAGCAGGCUGCUCCUCCUCACAUGCAUGACUUUGCUUCUGCUGGGAGCAUCUGUGCACUGAAGGCUUGACUAAGGAACCUACUGCUAUAAGGAGAGGCCUCCACUUAGAGCAGAGGUGGGGAAGAGUUACAGGGCUCCCAUCAACCCUACAGAGUAUGACCAGUGGUCAGAGGUGAUGGAAGUUAACAGUCCAGCAAUAUCUGGAGGGUCAUAGUUUUCCAAUCCUUUAUUGAGAAGGGCAGGUUGGCCAAGCUUCGACAGUGUUUUUGCUCAAUGGUGGUACACUAAGCACAGAGACCUGGUGGGAGAAGGGAGGCUAUCCUUAAAAGAGAUCAUUCUGCACCCUGCACUACGCAUGCAAGGUCUGAGAUCACAGCCUUUGGCUACACGUGCAGAUUUCUAGUUUUCAGGGCUGCAAUAUGCCAAAUCGCGCAUAAUUGGAACCCAUUGAAAAAACUUGCAAAUACCCCGCUCCACCCCUGCCCCAAUUCCAUCACGUUUCAGUGCUGUCUUUAUUAUGAUUCCGUGUCACUUCCUGGUUUGGAACAAUUUGUGUUUACAUGGUCGCACAUAUAUUGAAAGUGUGUAGGUGGGGGUGUCUGCCUGUAUAGCAUUCCAUUUCCAUAAUUUCCAUAGAUUUGUGGGACAUGGAGCAGAUUGAAUUACUUGUUAUAGUAGCGAGAUAAGAGAGUUAGGAGUUCCAUUCACUGUGAAACUGGGUUCAUUUGCUGAAUGCUUGUGCAGCCCUUUGGGUAAAGUCUAAGGCGUGAGAAGGACCACAGACUCAAGACUGUAAUUGAAAUAAAUGAAAUUGUUUGGGAAUCUGCUUUAUAUUGCAUCCAACCAUUGGUCCAUCUAGCCCAUUAUUGUCAAUACUUGCUGGCAGUGGCUUUCCUUAAUUUUUUUCUGUCCUCUUUUCACACCUCCUCCCCCCUUGUUCAAACACCCUGCCGCCUGACCCUCAACUUCAGUGGACAUCAAGGUCUAAAAAUAACAAUUUUAAUGCAAAGUGGGGAAGAAAAAGACCUUUUGAGAAACGUUACAUCGAUGAUGAAGGACCAGCAUUUGGGUAAGUGGAAGAUGCUUCAGAACUGAAGGCCACAGUGCUGAGUAUUUUGGGUACUGCAAGCCUAUGAUGUAGGACAGCAGUGUUUAGCUAAUUAAACAGUUAGAUUGAUCAGUUAAGGAAGAAAAUUAAAAUAGUGCUCCUGAUUAAUCGGGUAGUAGGUUUUUAAUUUUUUGUAAAUUAUCAACGCUAGAUGGCAAGUGCCUUUCUAGAAGAAUUCUGUUUUCUUUCACAUAGGAGUGAGUAUAUUUUCUAAGGUGAUUCCUGCUAUGGUACUGUGUGUACGAUCUAAAAGCAAAGAAAAAGAAAGAGAGUUUUUAUUCAUAUGCAUAUGUAUGCAGAUUUAAUCUAGUAGAAUGUAGUUGAAUCCUGUAUCUGUCUGCUCAGAGGAGGUCAUUGGGACUUAACUUCCAGGGAAGUGGAAUUGCAGCCUACAAGUCAUAUGCUUGUUCAAGCAUCUUUAAUCAGAAGACAGCCUGACUAGGAAGCCAUAGUCUUCAAAGUUGAAUCUUUAGGGGAUUUAGGUUUCUGACCUCACCAAUCUUGAGGUGAUCAGUAUUAAAAAUAAGCAAUGAAACCAGCAAAAUAUAAAAUUGUCUAUACCACAACAAAAAUAUUCAUAGAAGUUUAAUCUCCACCAGUUUGGGUUUGAAUGCCAGUACAAAGAAACAAAUCUUGCAAUACUUGUGGGAAAUUAUUGGCUCACUUUGAUGAAUCUCCGAGAGGAGAAUACCAUGACUGUAUGUCAUUGAAUAAUCCACUGAGAGUGCUCCUCUGUUUGCUCUCAAGGCAAGAGGUGACUUUUAAUUUAUAUAGGAAAAUACAUGAGAUUAAACUCAUGGGAGAUAGAUUAUUACAAUAACUAAUACUGACAUACAUUCAUAGUCAAGUUAUUUGUAAGUUGUGUUUGUAACGAUUCACACAACCUUGAAUGUUAUAAACUUUUAAUAGUUUGUUGCACAUCUAAAAUCUCAGUAUCAAGCAUAUUUACAUGGAUAUCCAAAUGAUUUUCAGGUGAGUUUCCACAUAUACAUGGUCUAAGCAUAAAUAUAAUCAGAAGUUCUAUGUAUUGCUUAGACAGACCCGUAACAAUUUAUGUGACAGUAAAAAUGAUUAUUCCAUAUUAUAAUAUAGAAUGCAAUGAAAAUCUUAUACCAAUUAUUAAACCAUAAUGGGUGGAAGCAGAUGCCUGGUCCUGCUAUUUGCUAAAGGAUUAUUCCAGAUUUUCUGUUAUUUCUCUUACAUAUUGUUAUAAGACUAUUUCUUGUCUCUCUUAGUAAAAUCAGGCUGAUGGUUGGACACCUCAGAGAGUUCAUUGUGGGUACCUCCUUGAUUUCCAUUAGUUCGAAUGUAGUGGUGAGCCGUGAGGCUGUAUGCUAGGCAAAACUACCAGUGGUCAACCUCGUGGCAACAGAAGGUGGAGGGGAACUUUGUCCUUACAUUUCAACACUGCAUAGCAGUGGAGGGUGGUGAUGCUGCCACAGUCAAGAGAUGUGAAAGUGUAUUGUUGCUAUGUUGGAUAGAUGUGCCAUCAUGGAUUCAGGUUGCUGACAUCAUAAGGACCAACAAUAUGCCCAGCCAUCAUGUCCCUGUACAAUGUUGGCUUCAGCACUCUAACCUCUACUGCUGCCUCUCAGCACAGGAAGGAAAUGGAAGAAAUCCCUGAUCCAUCUCUUAUCACAACACAGCAGAUACUAGCAGUUUUGCCAAGCAUAGCAGCUCACCCAUCACUACUGUGAUACUGGAGGUCCAGCUCCGAGGCCUUCUGGCGGUUCUCUCACUGCGAGAAGCGAAGUUACAGGGAACCAGGCAAAGGGCCUUCUCGGUAGUGGCACCCGCCCUGUGGAACACCCUCCCAUUAGAUGUCAAGGAAAUAAACAACUAUCUGACUUUUAGAUGACAUCUGAAGGCAGCCCUGUUUAGGGAAGUUUUUAAUGUUUGAAGUUUUAUUGUAUUUUUUAUAUUUUGUUGGAAGCUGCCCAGAAUGGCUGGGGGGACCCAGCCAGAUGAGCAGGGUAUAAACAAACAAACAAACAAAUAAAUUAUUAUUAUUAUUAUUAUUAUUAUUAUUAUUAUUAAUUCCCCAGUAUUUUUUUUGUUCUUGGUGUGUGGGUGUACACACACACAGUCAUGGGAAAAAGAAAGCACAGCCUCAUUUGAAUUCUGUCAUUCACAUGACACAGUGUAAUAUGUCAUGUGUUUCUGUUCAUCUGAGGUUGUAUUAAUCUAAUUUUAAGACCUGCUAAGGAACAGAUGAUUGUUAUUAUGUCCUGAUAUUUAAAACCACAGAAUUCAAAGAGGUUUCUGGUGUGGGAUGGGGGGAGCUCAAGUUCCCCACCCCAGCUCUAAAAGGUGACAAACAAACAUUCUUUGGGAUUGCACUGGUUUGACUGUUGAUAUACCCCAUGGCAAGCAAUUAUGUGCUGGAGCAGUGGGUUUUAGGACCGGGCUGUUUUAGAUUCCCUCCCUGCUGUGUCUCAUGGACUCAGUACGUGUUACAGUAUAUAUUUGUCUCAUUUUACCCAUGGAACAACUCUUAGAGGCUAAAAAAGGUUGGCAUUGGUGCUUCAUCCUUAUUUAACGAUGCUUCUUGGUUGUUAUAGAAAUUAUUCUACCCGGCUGGUGCUAUGCCUAGAAUUAUGAGGGGUAAGCUGAGAAGAGGACUUGUAUUGUAGCCUUUCAGGCCUUGCCCACGGAUGGGAAGAGCAUUGCUCCCGGGGAGGGAAGAAGGAGCCAGUACAGACACCGAGGGGUUAAUUCAGAGAAAGAGCUUUUAUUCUGCCAUCCGGGUAGCAGAAGGAACCUGCGUGAUAAUUCACAAGCAAGUACAACUUUUACAGCCAUUGCACACAGCAUAUAUUCCCUCCAGCCCCCCCCCCCCCGACCCAGGAGCCCUGCCUCAUGAGUUUCCCUGAGCAUGAACAGAAACUCCUGUCUUGGGACUCCUGGCGCCCUUCCCAGGAGAAGGGGGUUGAGAAGCCUGCGCGUCAGCGUGUCCAAGAUUUGUUGCAACUGGGUAAGAUAAGCUGGAUGCGUGCUGGCAAGGCCACUGGAGGCCUGGGAAGCAAAAAGCAUUGUUUUCUCAGCCUUUUUGUUACAGCGAAGCCAAUGCUAGCUAAUGCUUUUCUAGCUACUGAAUCCUCAGAGAAAGUAAUUUAAAAAGUCUUGAGGUCUGGUUGGGGGGGUGACUACACAGGUUUUUGGGUAACCUAACCUGUCCUAACCUGUCCCCUUCAGUAUGUAACUGGGGACCCUUGAAGAUCUGCUGGGUGGCUCUCAGGGUUCAGCGCAGUGGAGCCUUCAAAGCCUGUGACAAAGCAGAUAUUAUUUUUAAUGGCCAGUUAUGUAGAUCAUAGGUAUAACUACGUAAAGCAAAGAAUGUUUCCAUAAAUGUACUGAUUUUAUUUUGUGCAGCCCAGCUUGCGCUGCUUUCAUUUUACUUUCACUUUAGGCUUGAGUCAAUAAUCUUAUAAAAUAGAUACCAUUGUCUCUGUUGCCAGCAGUAGUAAAAGAACCAGGCCGGUUCUUAAAUGUGAAGUGAAUACAUGUCUACAUCACUGUGACUAUUAGCGUUUCUCAGGCAACAGAACUAGCAGCUGUUCUAUGGGAGAUGCAAUUUGUUUAAAAAUGCAAGUACAGUGGUGCCCCGCAAGACGAAUGCCUCGCAAGACGGAAAAACCGCUAGACGAAAGGGUUUUCCGUUUUGAAGUUGCUUCGCAGGACGAAUUCCCCUAUGGGCUUGCUUCGCAAGACGAAAAUACCUUGCGAGUCUUGAGAGUUUUUUUUCGCUUCCCCCCCCCUUUAUCUAAUCUGCUAAGCCUUUAAUAGCCUUUAAUAGCCUUUUAGCAGCUAAUCCCCUAAGCCUUUAAGCCUUUAAUAGCUGCUAAACCGCUAAUAGCGCUAAUAGCGCUAAUCCGUCAAUGGGCUUGCUUCGCAAGACGAAAAAACCGCUAGACGAAGACUCUCGCGGAACGGAUUAAUUUCGUCUUGCGAGGCACCACUGUAGCUGUGACUUUAAGUAAACUAAAGUAAAUGCAACUUCCUUUAUUUGGUCUUGUAUUUUAUAUAGGCACACAUUUGUGGAAAAUAUCUAAGAAGUAUCUUGAAUACAUUAGCAUGUGACAGUUUUCUCUGUGCAGACUUGAAUCCGGAGCAGCCAUAUAUAAUCUCUCUGAGGCCAUGUUUACAUGCUGUGUUUGCGAUAAAGGCAUGAUAGCCUCCAGGGAAGCCUCUUUAUUGUUCUGUGCAGCGUUCCUGUCUCUUCUUUGGUUUAUGGUUGGCCAGCGUAGCAGCUGCUGGUUUGUACAGUUCUAAAGUUUCUUUUUAAAAAAAAGACAUUUCAACACUGCUAAACAGUCCUGGACUCCAGCUGAUUUUCUGAAGUGACCUCGGAAGGAACAAGAAGAGACUGCUCCAAUUUCCUGGCAUCUCUGAACCCAGUGGAAGACAUUACACAGCUGUGAGGCACUUCUAGCCAGGAUUUUGAGUUGGCUGGUUCUCUUCUAGUACAGCUAUUUCCUUUCUAGGUUGAAGUCCUGAUUUCUCUGGCUUCCUUAGGAUUAUUCUGUAUCAGAAAAUUUCCAACCUUGGCUUUUGCAGAGUUUUACAUUGCCAUUCAUAAUCUUUCAGUGAAGUCAUCUAAUUUUCAUUUGUCACUUCUGAAGACAUAAAUUAGUGCACUGCAGGUGCCUCUGAAACAAGCGUUGGUAAACUUUUAAGGCAUGAUUCACUAGGUUCACUUUAAAGAAGGCUUCAGUGGCCAAGCACACAAUAUAUAGUAAGCAAAGCUUUUUCAAUGAAGAAUAUGUAAAAAGAUUAGGUGUGGAAAGAACAUUUACUUCCAUCUUUCUAAAAUAAAAUACAGUAUACAUUCUUGGCUGAGGGCAUCUAAAAUGAAAAUACAAUGUUGGGAUUAUUACAUCCUCCGAAGAAUCUUAGUUGAACUCGUGUAUCUUAUUUAGACUUUAGUUACCUUAUUUAUCAUCAUCAUUAUUAUUAUAUGUAUGACAGGCAACCCAAAGUUAUCUUGACGAAUGUCCUGAAGACGGAAAUAGGAAGAAAAUACAUAAAGACACAGCUUAUAACUGAUAUAACUCAUGGUGUCCAGUUGCAGUCAGAUCAACAAACCUCACCAUCUGUUGACAGUGUAGAGAUACGGGAAAUAUUAAGUCUUCUUCAGCAAAACCUUUUUAUAUCUAGAAGGUAUGUUUUGUUAAGUCUGGCUGUCUCAGACGUAAUACAGCUUUGCCUACAUAUUAUUAAAAUAAAUUGCAUGCAAUUGUAUUCCCUGUUACGUUAGCCAUUUCUCACUUUUCAAUGCAUCAUUAUGAAGCACCCUUGUGACUUCCAUUUUGGGAUUGUUUAGAAUGAGAUUAAAUAUGUCUACAUAUGUCUCUUGUAAAACUUCAGCUAGUUGCUUUCUAACAGUGGGACUAAUUCUAGCUAGGCUAUUUGGAUUAUUCAAUAGUGAGUUAUUCUCGUAAUGCUUAACUUUUGUUUAGCAUCAUUAACAUCUGCAGGAGACAUGAAUUUUCAUUCUUGCUUCUUCCUCCCCCUCAGAAAAGAGUGAGUUGCAGUUUUUCCUCUAUUCCCCUCCCCACCCCACCCCUGCACAUGCUGAAUCUUCUUUGGACUAUUUUCUCAGUCCUUCUCUUUGCAAUGAAAACAUAAUUAUGUUACCAAUAGCAACUUGUCCAUUCCUUUGUGAGCCCCUUGGCUUUCCCAUAGGACUUUUAUACUCCUCCCAACCAAACACUGUGUUUUGCAUUGAAAAUACCCUUUGACAUGAAAAAUAAUUGAUUGAUAGAUAAGGCACGUGGAGAGGUAAUAGUUCAGUGCAGCUAUACUGAACAUCAAGAAAAAAGCAUUCAUCCCCGAAUUGUAGUAUUCUGGUUGACUUAUGUGUCAGUGACUUGCAAGAUGUAAGAACCUGGCUUGAGCCAAAUAUUUUAAAUAAGCAAGAAACCUAGUACUGUAGUGUCUACUUGAUGAUUAGCAAAGCUACACUUUUCCCUUCUCUUCAUUUGCUACAGAUGCAUUAGAAUGCAGAAGGAAUUGAAUUUUAAAUCAGAAGCCUGCAUGCAGGCCAUAACAUAAGAUGCAGUGACAUAAAAAAGUAGACAAAUUGAAGCCAUCAACUAUAAUACAAUAAAGUUUUAAAAGAUCUAGCCUGGAUCAUCACCAUAGGAAGGCAGUGCCUGCCAUAUUCAGUAGCAUGUUCAUAGUUUGCACCAUUACUCAUGCAUACAAAGUUGGUUGAAAAAUAAUUUUGCAAUAGUCUUGUACUUUUGAGCAGAUAGCCAUCUCUAGGUCUAUUUUUGCUGCUCCUUCUCUUCAGUGUCAGCAGAUAUGAUUGGCACAUCCAAGAAUAUCAGCCAGUGGCUUCUGAAAUGAUGGCAAAAGACCACAAUUAAUCAGGGUUGUAUAUGUAGUUUGUCAGCUUAUAGCUAUUUAAACAGUAAGAUCUGCUAUAGUUGAUCAUUUUUUCUUCUGUUGAGAGUGGAUUUACAUUUUUUGCAUGACAUUUAAUAAAACAGUGCCAAGAUGCCAUCAGGAGCUUAAAAUUAUCGGUAACACUUCUUCUGAUAGAUCUUAUCUGAAUCUGUCCUUUGGGACCCUUCACUUAUUUGCCAUCAUCUGUUUUUCUUCACUUUUAUUGUAAACGUCUUGAUAGUUAUGUUUAAUAAAACUUGGGAUUACUUAAACAGUUUCAAUACAAUAAUUCAACCGAACAUUCAUUUGAUGGGUUUCAGAAUGCUAAUUAUUAUAUGUAUGGCAGGCAACCCAAAGUUACCUUGACAGAUGUUCUGAGGACGAAAACAGGAAGAAAAUACAUUCAAAGGCACCUUUUAACUGAUCCUAGUCUAUCUGAUGCUAACAAGUUGCAAUCAGAUGAACAGACCUCCUCAACCAUUGCCAGCCUAGAGUCAUGUCAAAAAAUAAGCUCUCAAGAAAGCCGUAUUUUACCUAAAAGGUACGUCAUUCAGCAAUUUAUUGAUUUUUAUUUUUUUAUUUUUUGGUCCUUAAUUUAUCACUAAAACUAUGAUUUGGUUGAAAACAAUACAUACAGGAAUGUACGUAAUCGUCAUUGGUCACAAUCCGGUCAAAGUUAAUUACUUUUAAAUGCCAUUGGUUUCAGCUGGAGAGCUACGCACAUGCUUAAUUCACUAAUUGAAAUCAGUAGGAUUUUGAAUAACUUUGACCCUUUGUUUUUGUGCAAGCUUAUGUUUUGUUUUCAUUCAUAGACAUGAUUUGCAAUGAUUGCCAUGGAGGUAACACUACCUGUAGAAUAAUGCCUUUCACCUCUAUUCCUCCAAAAAGACUUUUAUGGAAGAAAGCAUUUUUUCAUAAUUUUUAGUCUGCCAACAUGGAAAUAAAUCAGAAGCCAACAUAAUAUCCCUACAUACUACCUAAAAUAUAAAACUUGAAGCUUAGAGGUUCUUUUUAAAGCAUGAUGGAAGCUAUAGUGUAUUUGGAAUUCAACUCUUUGCGUCAUAGCACUUAAUAUAAAACUGUAGCUAUAUGCUGGAGCUGUCAUACUAAAGACCUGGAACUCAUUUCGUCCCUUUGUGUUAAGCUAGUGCAGAAGUUGUGCAUCUGGGCAGCCCACCUCCAGCAGUGGUCAACUUCUGGGCAGCCCUCAGACCUCUCUUCCCAACUGAUUCCCCCCACCUCUGCUGCCCAGCUGUUUAGCCAUAGAGAUAGUGUUCAAAAUCCCCCAGGCACCUUUUGGGAUUGUCGCGUGUCCAACUGUGACCAAGUGAAGAUGUCUUGUUGCCAGGUUUUGCGACUGACAUCUCCACCACCUGGCUGGCACGCAGCAGCGUUUUCUGCUGCUACAUGCACCCCAGCAACAAAAUACACUGCUGCCAGCCAGCCAGCCAAUCCGUGAUGUCUUGUCGCUGUUUUAUUCUGGAUUGUUUUACUUGAUAUUUUAAUGUGUUGUAAACCACUUGGCCAUUUUUUUCUUUAAAAUGUAAAGUGGCAUAAAAUGAAAUGAAUAAUAAUAACGUUAAUAAGCUCCAUUGUAAAAAAGAAAUGGCGACUAGACCAUCGGUUGUGGCAACCGUAGCCUAGGUUUCAGGUGCUUAUAUAGCUGAGUUUCUAACAGAGCUAUUCCUUGUGCUUAUUAGCUGGGCAGCAGAAGGAUGUACAUGAUGGGGUCACUGCAAUCCCAUUACUUGCCUCCUCACUUUAUGUGGGAUGCCUUUGAAGUGGCAACGAAUUUGGUACAAAAUGUGACUGCUAGGAUGCUGACUGGAACUGGUAAAUUGGAGCACAUUACCACAAUCAUGUUUUAUCUAAGCUGGCUAUCUGUUUUCAACCUUUAUUCAAGGUGCUAGCUUUGCCCUUGAAAGUUGUAAACAGUUUUCUUAAGAGUCCUCUCUCCCUUCCUCCAAAAGAAGAUGGCGGCUCAUAUGGGCCACUUUAAGAGGCCUUUCUUCAGGUUCCUCUGUUGUCAGAUGUGUGAUGAGUUUGUACAUCAGACGGUCUGCUCUGUAGUGGUGUUCAGAAUUUAGGACAACUUUCCAAGGGAGCUUCCAUCCCAGGUGGCAAAGACGCACUUAUUUCAGCAGACUUUUUGUGGGGUACUAGAUUAAUUUGCAGCUACUGCUGCUUCCUAUUCUGCUUUGCUUUGCUUAUUUCAAUAAUGUUACACUAACUGUACGUUUGGUUUUUGUAAGCCAUCUGGACUAUGGAAGGGUGGGGUACUGGAAAUCCGUAAGUUUAUGACAUAGUAUGUGACAAGCCAGCAGUUAUUUUAAGAUGGAGGAAAAAUAUGGUUUACUUUGAAGCAGAAACACUCAAACUCAGUAUGGGUUGUUUGGCAUUUCUUCAUUUCUUUUACUAGAAAACAGAAGGGGGGGACAAACAAUAAUAGAGGGAACAGACAGUAUUUGUUAAAUUGCGUCUUCAGAAUACAGGCGUACCUCAGAGAUAUUCCGGGUUCAGUUCCAGACCACUGCAAUCACGCAAAUGCCGCAAUAAAGGGAGUCACACCAUUUAUACUGUUUCCCAGUGCAUAUAGUUAUGUUUACACUAUAAUGUGGUCUAUUAAGCCAGGCCCCCCUGGCUGAAGGGGCAGGAGGGGGAAAACCCAGCUGCAGCCCUAGCCAGCUGCACUUCAGUGGCCAGAAGAGGGGCAGUGGGGGCUUGGCUGCCUGCAGCUGCACCCGCAUCCUCGUGAGGAGCAAUAUCUGCAGAGCACAGCAAAAUGAAGUAUGCCUGUAUAUAGCACUUGGGCUUGAAAUAUUUGUAUGUGAUUGCUUGAAAUGGGGGACUUCUGGGUAUUGAAAACCAACAGAUUAAGCUUUAUAGGGAGUAAGUACAGUGGUACCUCGGGUUACAGACGCUUCAGGUUACAGACUCCGCUAGCCCAGAAAAAGUACCUCGGGUUAAGAACUUUGCUUCAGGAUGAGAACAGAAAUCGUGCAGCGGCGGUGCAGCGGCAGCGGGAGGCCCGAUUAGCUAAAGUGGUGCUUCAGGUUAAGAACAGUUUCAGGUUAAGAACGGAUCUCUGGAAUGAAUUAAGUUCUUAACCCGAGGUACCACUGUACAAGUAACCAACUUCAAAAAUUACUUUAGCAGUAGUUUUUGCAUUUUACACUCUUGCGAAAUGUGUGAAGACUGAUACUGGAUAUGAUAGAGGGGAAAUGUGGGUCUUUGAUACUUGCACUUGGUUUAACUUUCAAAAUUCAGUGUGUUUGAGUUGAAUCAACAUAACAGAUUAUUUCCUAUUUCUUUCGUUUAUUUCACUGAAAAUAUCCCAGCAAGUCAAAGCCAAUAAUUUUUUUUUGGGCCACAUUUCAAAGUGCUGUUGUUUGUCAGUGAGUUCAUUUCCUUGGCAUAAGGUUUGGACAUAAGACUAUGAGAGCCAAUGUGGUGUGGUGGGAGACCUGGGUUUAAAAUCCCAGGUGGCCACAAAGCUCACUGGGUGAUCUUGGGCCAGUCACUGCCUCUCAGGCUAACCUACCUGACAGGGUUCUUGUGGGGCGAGGGGGGAGAACUACGUACGCUGCCUUGAGCAACAGAACACUGUAUGCUAAAGAACAGAGGUUACAGAAAACACCAUCUGUAAAAGGAUGGUUAGGAAAGGUGAGGGGUUUUGUUCUAACUGGCCAAACAGUCAUUUAUGGGUACAAGGAAAAAUAAUAAUUUCAUACUAAACUGGAAGUCUUUUCCUGAGUAUUGCUAAAUAAAUACAGUGGUACCUCUGGUCUUGAACGGCAUCCGUUCUGGAGGACUGGCCGCAUCCCAAGGAAUUUGCAACUGGAGGACCACUUCUGUGCAUACACGCGACAUGGUUUACUGCUUCUGUGCAUUCAUGCGGGGUGGUGAAACCCGGAAAAAUGCUUUUGGGUUUGCUGCGUUCACAUCCCGAAGUUUAUGUAUCCAGAGGGAUACGUAAGCGGAGGUACGACUAUACAUUACUUUCUCAGUCAAAUGGAAGUCUCAAAGUACUUUAAGAGUUCCCGCUGCUCUCCGGAGGCUUCGGGUUCCUUUCAACCUGCUCUUUGGGGCUGGCGGGGGGAAGCCCGGCUUUCCCCCGCCAGCCCCAAAGAGUAGGUCGGGGAGCAGCGGAAAGCCUGCGCCAGCCUUCCUGCUGCUCCCCGAGCUUGUGGGGCUGGCGGGGGAAGCCCAGGUCCCCCCCAGCCCCAGGGACCACACAUUUGCUCAAUAAGACGCACAGACAUGUCCCCUUAGAUUUUAAGAGGGAAAAGGUGCGUCUUAUGGAGCGAAAAAUACGGUAUAUUAAUAGUAAAAUUGUUAUCCUUGAACAGUGUCUGUUGAUUUCUGUAUUUAUUUUUCUGUGGGCUGUGUCUAACGCUGUGCAUGCGGGUCUAACACUCACACAACAGAAUGUCUUCUCUCCCUGCUCACCCUCAGAAUCUGCUCUGCGGGGUCCCUCUGAAGCAGAUUGUGAGGGUUCGAGGGGCUGUAGAGGAGGAGAAGAGAAAGUUCCAUUCUGCAAGCAGAAGUCUGCUGUGCAAGUGGAAAAGCAGGAUUGGAUAUGUCCAACUAGUUGUUACUGCUAAUGGAAAUAUAAUCACAGAAGAUGGGGAUAGAUAGAUAGAUAGAUAGAUAGAUAGAUCUCAUUUAUAUUCCUUUAAUUUGCUAAAGCAGUGAAAAUAUAGUGAGAUUGUCUGCUGGCUUCUUUCUGAUUGAUAUGCUAAAUCAAUAGCAAUUUAUUAUAUUUGUAUUUUUUAAUAUGCCUGCUUGUAACACCCAUUACUUGAUACAUAAGUCUAGUUAACUUGUUUAAUAACAGCACAAUCUUGUACAUGGUUUUACCCAGAAGUAAGUUCCAUUGUUUGCAGUAGGGCUUACAUCCUAUUAAGUGCAUUUAGGAAGGUAGGAUUGCAGCCCCUGUGUAUGUAAACAUAUUUCUGAUUACAUAUAUGAGGGGAAAUAGAACAUGUUUCUUUUCCCCAACCUUCCUUUUCCUCCCUUCUUAUAGUACAGAAGGAAGGAGGGACAGAGUGAGCCUAACUUGAAACCAUACGUUGUCACAGAUAUGACGUGACAAAAGGGCUUAGACUAAGAUUAUUUGUCAGAGAUGGACUAUGAGUCUUGUUGAGAUCUAUUUGAAGGAGCAUGAAUUGGUUUUAUUUUUAGUGACCAUUGUGAAGGUUAUAAACCAGGUAAGCAGUUGUAGCAUCGUGAAAUAUACCUAAACAGUACUCAUUGUUCUUGAAAACAUAUGGGUGAUUAAUAUUUUGGUGUAUUUUUUUCCACAGGCAUGGGACACCUCAACGAAGGCCAAAUGACCAGAAACCAUAUAAAGAUGCAGAAACUCAUAGCACUUUUUUGCCUUUAAAAAGAUGUGACGUGAUUCUAGAAGGUUAGUAUUUUAGAAAUUAUGUAAUAUAUUUUAGGGUUCUCCUUCAUCCAAACUAAGACAUGGUUCUCCAUCUCUGAAACUUUAUGCAGUACAGUUUAUGAAAGUUUUCUUAUCUCCACAAAAUAGAAAUCCACGCUCUUUGAUCAUUUCAGCCUUGAAAUAAAUUCGACAGAUUACAGGGCAUGAAAUGUGUUUUGUGCCUUAAUGCAAAUUUUGUAAGGAUGCUAAUUCCAUUAAACUUGAUGAAACAUAUUUCUGUGUAACGAGUUUAGGGUUAGGGUCUUGGAAAUUCAAGGUUGCCCUAAUGUUUAGCACACUAAACUACCCCUUCAUAAAUUCAGUUAAUGAAUGAUAUAGAAUGGAUAUCUUUUUCCUGUAUAUAUGAAUGAGUGGUAGUUCCAAUAUGUUGAAUACCGUAUUUUUCGUUCUAUAGGACGCACAUUUCCCCCUCCAGAAAUUAAGGGGAAAUGUGUGUGCGUCCUAUGGAGCAAAUGCAGGCUGCGCCGCUAAGUCCGAAGUCAGAACAGGAAGACGGAGCGCUGCGGAGCGCUCCGCCUCGCUGCUCUAGCUUGGGGACGGCUGCGCGCACAGCCUCUCCAGGGCAGCGGGGUGCCUUCACCCCGCUGUCCUGCAGAAGCUAGCAAGGCUGUUCCCAAGCCAGAACAGCGAGACGGAGGGCUCCGUCUGGCUGCUCUAGCUUGGAGACGGCUGCGCGCAAACCUCUGCAGGGCAGCGGGGUGCCUUCACCCCGCUGUCCUGCAGAAGCUAGCAAGGCUGUUCCCAAGCCAGAACAGCGAGACGGAGGGCUCCGUCUCGCUGCUCUAGCUUGGGGACGGCUGCGCGCAAACCUCUGCAGGGCAGCGGGGCGCUGCGCUCCAAAGGCUUCAGGGAUCUUUGAGGCUGGCGGUGGGGGAAAACAGCGCUUCCCCCCACCGCCAGCCCCACAAGCUCUGGUGAAUGUACCUUGAACACACCUUGUUUUAGAGGGGGAGAUCAAGAAAAAAAAUUUUUCCCUGUUCUCUCCCUCCUAUGGUCCGGUGCGUCCUAUGGUCCGGUGCGUCCAAUGGAGCGAAAAAUACAGUAACUGAAUAUAGAAGGUGCCAAUUAUUUCAGAUUCUUAAAUUCUUCAAUAAGGAAUAAAAGUGGCUUUUUUUAGAGGAACAAGGCAAGUUUUAAAUAUUUCUUACCAUGAUUGUGAAACAUAUACAACAUAUAUAUGAAGAGAGGGAGGAAUAGUUUCCAGAGUCAGAAUUCAACUUGGAACAUGUGAGGUUGCAAAAAAGUUUGGACUCCAGUCUUAUCAAGGCUUAGCAAACACAGUAAGUCUUAUCUCUGAGCAACAUGCAUAGGGUUGCCCUGUUAAUAUCCCCUUUAACGUAAGGUUUUCUACUUAUGCCUAAAGCAGUAAAACAAGCAUGCAUGGCUAAGAGUAUAUUCAUUUGCUAAUUCCUUUAUUUUUAAAAAAGACUGCAACAUAAAGAAUAAAGAAAGAGAUUGGCCGGAGAAAACAAGAAAAGAUUCCAAGAAUUUCUUUCCUGGUUUGAGGGAAGCAACCUUUCAAAACAAUGAGAGCAGAAAAAGAAGGAGUGAUGUUUUCUCAAAUCAAUGGAACAUAUAUUCCUCACCAAAAUCACCACUACCAAGUGUAAGUAACUUUUGCAUGUUUUGGUAGCAGUAAAGAUUGAGAAAUUGUGCCAGUGGCAUAUAAGUCAUUUUACAUUUAAUGCAUACAUACGUCAGUAUAUAGUAAGAUAUAAAUCCCUAUAGUGUUUGUACCAAACUCUGAAAAUAAAAAAGCUCAGAUACAUAAGCAAGGCAAUCUGAUUUCGAGUCUUAUGUGAAAAGCUUUGCACUCAAAAAUGGGGCUGAAAAGGUUUAGAAGAAUCUAGAUUUUCCAGAGGUCUCUAGGCUCAAGGCCAUGUUGAGAUCUAGAGGUUUCUGAGCUUCCCGCCUCUGGUGGAGCUCAUGUUCCUCCCAUAGCGGUCCAGGUUUACUGCAUGAGAGUGGCAGGUUUUGCAGGAAGGAGAUACAUAAUUUUAUGAGGAGGAGAACAGCUGGGAGGCCUGUAGUAGUAACUGUCUCCGUGGUCUCAUUCGAGGCAAUCUGAGGCUCAGGAGCUUCCGUGCAACUUUUCCCACUCCUAGCCUUAAUCGGGUUCUUCCCACUGUUCCUUUGAGUUCAUGCAGCAGUGGGCUUAAUUGAAAGCUUAUUCGUAAAUUUCCACGUGUGAAGAAACUUCACUUUUACUGCCCAGAGUCAUCCUGAAUUUUUCAUUUCAUUUUAAUUUUGCAGAAAGAACAGAGAACAGAACCAAUUCAGUCACCUGGCUGCAGGAGCUCAGGUGAGAAUUGCCAGAGUCAUACGCACAGCCCUCAGCAGGAAAAUAUUCCGCAACCAUUGGAAACGGACUGUAGUGAAGCAUUUGCCAGCAGUAAUGAGAACACUGCUGCUCACUGUCCAGGGGGAAAAUGGUCCUACUCUUCUCCCAAGAGAAAGCACCCUUCUGUCACCAGCAAGGAUGAGCAGGUUUCCCCACUCCUCAGCUCUGCUCAGAAGAAGAAAACGAAUACAACUCUACCUCCCAAAGAGCCAUUGAACAGAUCUGAAAGGAAUAAAAAGUCGGCUGAUUCAGCUGAACCAAGUAUGUAACUGUAACUCCCUUCCCUUGUUUCCAGUCACUUGGAGUUAGAACCUUACACCACUUUCAUUUUGCUUUAGUUGUGCUUUCUAGCGAUGAAGAAGAGGGACACGCAGAGACAGAAGAUCCAGAGAGAGACCUGCAGACUGGGAAAAGCCUCAAACUUGAGAAGAAGGAAACAGAACAAGAAGCUGUGUUACCUUUGUCAGAAGGGCAGCUAUCACAGGUUGCAGCUGAAGGUGAAACAGAACAGGUAAACAGUCAGCUCUAGAGGAGCUUUUCCCUCCCUUUAUCAUGCUAGAAGCCAUAUCAUGUAUCACUCCUGUAUGACCUGGUCACCCCCAUAGAUAUCAAAAGGAUAGUGCACACCACUUCUAACCAAAUUUUCAGUGAAGCUUACUUCCCGAAGCUCUUAGAAUUACGGCCUCACAGUGAAUUCUAUUCCUUUGGUAAUAGCUGCAUAAAUGGCACCACCAUGUGGCAAAAAAUGAUUACCAGGGAUUCAGUACAUUAUCAGCCUGGUACAUUCAGUAUGGUACCUUAUCAUUUGCUUCAGGCAGUAGCAACUUGAUUGUUAUCAUUAUCUACGCAUGACACGUGUAAAACGGGAUAUGGAAUGUCCACUUUAAAAAACAACAACCAUUCUUAGAAGUUUGAAAUUUGGAGGAGAGGGGAGAGGAGACAGCCUCAACAUGUGUGUGUUGUUUAUUUUAUAGGUUUCAGCUGAACCACUUAAACCGUGCUCCUCUGCAGAUCAUAGCACCUUCGGCGAUCAGAUGGGUCUUGCCUUAGAUAUAAAUUUUGAAAUAAUUUAUAUUGGAAAAUAUAAAGGAAAAGCAACAGGUUGUGCCAGAGUAAGUUUGCUGCUACUGACCCAUGGCGGUCAGGAGCUUUUCCAUAAAGUGCUUGAACUUGCCUUUCUUGAACAACAGCCUCCCCUCAUUCUGAGCCAGAAACUGGGGGCAGAAGGCAUCAGAAUAAUUUUUUGAAUAUAGCACUGGAGCUAUCCAAAGGAAAAAAGUGAAAAGAUUCCACUGAGCUUCCAAUAGUAGCCCCUAAUGUGUGCCUAAGCAGCUCUUUGGCUCAUGAGCUUUGUCUCUGGCCAGCAUCCAGCCUUCAAUUACAAGUAUAUAUAUCCUGCUGAGAUGUAGUGAGAUGUAGACAUGCUGAAAAAAAAGGUGCAAAAACUUCAGCCUAAGUGUUAUACAUUAGCUUGCUUCAUUGUAUGUUAAUGCGAUCUUAUUUUGAAAGUCCCUCAGUUUAAAAAAGUGUUUGUGGCACGAAGUGGGGAUGCUGCUAUUUACCUUAAAAAUAAGUUUAUUAAAUGUUCACCUUUUGAGUAGAACAUACUGUGAGGUGAAUGCACUUCAGAUUGCCAGGCAAGUGUUAAUUUUAGAUUCAAAAUUUGCAACAUAAAGUUUGGUCAAAACACUCACUUAUUUAUUCACUUUCCUCUGAUUUAAUUUCUAAUGUAUUAGCAGAAUGUGUUUCCAAACAGUACUGUUGAAAAUACUUUUUUUCUCUCUUUUCUUUUUAAGUUUACCGUCAGCUACAUUCAGAUCCCAUUUGAAGGUAAGGCUCUAUGAUAUUUUAUUGCAGUUUGGUCAGCCAUUUAUAUAAAUAACAGUUAUGUUUAGAAGAUUGAAGUAAGCUAUGUUUUUACAGUGUUGCAUGUCACGGUUCCUAGACUAGGAGUGAGGACAAGAGAUCGGAAUAUGAGGAAAGGGGAGUGAGACUGUACAGCACAGCCUUCUUGAUAACGCCCCCGGCCACCAAUUAACCCCCAACUGACAUGGUGGGAGUCCCAGGGGCUGCCCCUUCCCAGCCUGUGGACGAUGAACAGGGUUCAGAGGCACAAUAAGCUGGGACAGAGUGGGAGAGUUCAGAGGAGGAGGCUUGCCCAGCGAUCUCUCUUGCGGAGAGAUGGUGCUUCAAGAGAAGAUUGGAGUCUUGUCCCCCAGGAAGAGGUUCCUGGCUUCAGUUCAGGAAUUCCUACAGACAUAGGGAUUCUUGCAAGUUGUCAAGCUUUGCUUAACAGCUAGGCAGGCCAGCAGAGGAACUAGUUGGAACAAGUUCACAGCUCCCAUCCAGUCUUGCAACUUAAUGAAAAUCUUGGACUCCUGAACUUUGGCCCUUCCUGUUGGCCUCUAUUGUUGCUAUUCCUUUGCCUUGCAGAAACACCUGGUCUAGAUUCUGCUCUUUGCUGACCACUGAAUUUGUACUGUUAGACUGCUGUAAUAAAUGCUCACUUUAUUACUUACAAGUAAACACACCAGUGGUUUAGUCUUGGGCAGGAGCCAGGGCAUUGCCUAUUGCUAAUAAUAAUAAUAAUAAUGUCUAAUACCCCCUCAACUUUUUCAGAAGUGUCUAAUAUUUACAUGUAUUGGGGCAGGAUGGCGAUUUUUAAUACAAUACACAAUUCCAUCAAAAAGAGUAGUAGAGUACCCCAGGUUCAGUCUCUGACAUCUCCAGUUUUAAAAAGAUGAUAGCAAACAACUAUAAGAACUCUGCCUUAAAGACCCUUGUAAACUGCUUCCAGUUGGAAUAGACAGUAUUGAAUUAAAUGGACAAAGAAAUUGACCUGGUAUAAGUCAGGCUCCCUUCAAUUUCACAUAAUAGGUUGUUUUGGAAAGAAGUGUUGACUGCUAGAGAUAAUGAGUCAAGCUUAGGAUAUCUGAUAUACCAGAAGCGUGACAAGUUUUGAAUGAAUGACUGUUCACAUUUUUCAGAAAUGAUUUCAUGUUCUUGAGAAUCAUGGUUUUGCAUCUUGCUUAGUGAUUAUUUCCUUGAAAAACGGUAAUGUGAAGCUGUGGUUGCUGGUGCAAGUCAAUCCUGUAUAUCAUCUUGUGUAUUUCAAAUUCUGUUCCCUGCAGUGGCUCAUAAGAAGAUUGAACUGUCAGUGGAUUCUGUGCACUUAAGAAAGUUCGGGCUGUGGAUGAAUAAAGAUUCUUCAACUUCAAGGAACUGCAAUACCUUUUUUCUUUGGCUGUCAUCAGAUUAUGUGGAGCAGAUUGAAAAACAAAUUGGAACGCUUAUAUUAAACAAGCAAGGUAGUUGGGAAAUAAUUAAAUAAUUUGAUUCAUAGCCAGAAAUGGAGGGAGAGAGCUGGAGAGUCCUUGUGGCUUGUGAGCCCGAAGAGGACGUUGGUGAGAGCGGAGAAGGGACUGGAGGUGCAGUGGGGCUUUGUUCGGCUGCUCAGGCUCCCCGUCUAAUAGCUGAUGUGCAUGCCAUUGCUUCUCUGUGCAGCCUCCAGCUGGUCCCAUAGCUUCUAUUCCAGUUGUGGGUAUUUUUGGUACAGUAUUUUUGAUCUGGAUUGGAGAGCCGCAGAGAGAGCAUUUAAAUGAUGCUUAGGGGGUGCUUUUCCCUUAACACUUGCGGAGCACCGGAACGUAACCCCCAAAUAAUUGGGGAGUCACCUGUAGGCAGCUUACAGUGUGAACCAGGUCCUCCAUGGGAGCAAAGAGUCAUGCUGAAGUGCACAGCCCCCACCUUGACGCCCCUACUCCCACUUCCCAUCCGUGUAAGCUACAGUGUUGGGAGAGCAACCCCAUCAUCACCACCACCACCGAGCCCAAGUUCAGUAGGUGGCAACUGAUGGCAACCAGCUGUACUGCCCUAUUUGUGGAUGGCCUCCUAGCAGUAACCAUUGUGCAUCAGGCUGAUAUCCUUUUAUGCUCUCAGAACUUCUUAAAUGUCACUUGGUUGCUCUUCUUUUUCACCUGCAAUGCUUUUAUGUCCUGUUUGCUUCUGCUACUUGUAUAUUUUCAGUUUUCUACUUUCUGUUCUUUUCUUAAUUUUUGUUGUUGUUUCCCCAUACUGAGAGCAGUAUUAAACAGAUGAAUAAGCAAAGAAAGAAAAUAUUUUAAAUCUACUGUUUCAGUGGAAGAUAACAGUUUACAGAGACAUCACAAUAUGUUGUUGUUGUCAUGUUUGCACUUCUGUUUGUAAGCUGCUUUGAUCGACUCAUUUUUGUGAAGAGGGAAAGUAGGCACACCUUUAAAUUAAUUAGAUUUUGUCUCAUAGAUUUGUUUUGUAUUAUUUCUGCUCUGCCUUCUGCCUAAGCUACUGACUGAAUUGCAUAGAUAAGUGAAUAAUUGCAGCUCCAUAGUGCUUCCUGUAAGUCGCUGCUAACACAUUGCUUUUUCAUUUCUUACAGCUAAGAGUGUUGAGUUUAUUUUUAUUAAGCUGCCUCAGCUGCUCACAGAAGAUGAUCAGGUCAUUCUGAAAAAAAUAAUUGUGGAAGUGAGCAAGAAGAAUGCCUCUCCAGACCUCUGUGACUACUUACUGUGGGAGGACGCUGUUGAGUUUCUUAAAGAAAUCCCACGUGAGGAAAAUGCCUUCCUUGAUCAGUGCUAUGAAGCAUCCCAGCAGCACUUACAGAAGGACAGCACUUCAGUUCUGAUGGAACCACCCCCUCGGGUAAAUCAGUUAUUCUCAAAUGAUUUAUUUGGAGUUACCAGAGCUGGGAAGGAAAAUAACAGUUUCCUGGAGGGAACACUGUGCAUUUAAAACUCAGAACCUUUACCAUUAAUUUUAACACUUUCCAGAGGUGUAGCUGUGUUCAGUCUUCUGCAGUAGAAACAACAGAAUCUUGCGGCACCUUGAAAGACUGAGAGUGGAAUCCAGAGACGCUUGAGAAGACUUCAUCAUCCUCUCCUCCCCACUGCAGCCUCAUGCAUGCCCCCCACCCACAAAUGACAGAAUUGUAGAGUUGGAAGGGACCCUCAGGAUCAUCUAGUCCAGUGGUUCUCAACCUGUGGGUCCCAGAUGUUGUUGGACUACAACUCCCAUCAUCCCUAGCUAGCAAGGCCAGAGCUCAGGGAUGAUGGGAGUUGUAGUCCAACAACAUCUGGGGACCCACAGGUUGAGAACCGCUGAUUCUAGAACCACACUGCAGUGCAGGAAUCCAGGCCCAUACAGAGCUCAUCUGAGGCCUUGGGUAGGAGUCCUGUUAAAGUUAUAAACCCAAACAAAAAAGCAGCCGGUCCCUUGUGGAGCCGCCCCGCCCUGCCCAGCUGGCUGAUCCCUCAGAGGCCCGGGGCAAGUGUACCUGACUGCCACCCCCCACCCUCUGCACGGGCCUGCAGGAAUCUCCACUAGACCAUAUAGAAUUGUCAUAUAUUAUUACAUAUUAUGAAGCCUUUACUAUUGCUAUAAAGCCUUUAACCCUCCCCUGCCUUCUAUACCUAGGCACCCAUAUAUCUUCAGAGCACCAGUUCAGAGCUCUUACUAUGCUCAGACACAUUAAUCAGUUUAGAGUCAGGGGUGUUGCCAUCCAGCAUACCCUGUACGUUCUUCCGUAAUUGCACUGUUUUGUUGAUGUUCCCUUGACUUGCCACCGGUGAGACAAAACAACAGACCUGACUGUGUUACCUCUCUACAGAUUUCCUUCUAGGCAGAAUCUACCAAACUUUCUCAUUAGCCAUUCCUUUGAGCUGCAGGUGCUUCAUUGCAUCCUUCGUCUUUCCUCUACUCCCCCCACUCAUUUGUCCUGUCCUCCCCCUCCAUUUGCUCUGUCAUUUCCCCAGCCCUAUUCUCUCAAGCAUUCGCACGCCAACUCACUUCCUUUUUUUUUAAAAUAUUUAUUACUUUUCCAACAAUUUAAACAUUACAAAAAAAAAUAUACAAUACAAUACAAAAACCAAUACAAAACACUAACACAUUAAACUAACCAAACAGUUUCAAUAUCUUAUCUUUCAUUCACUUAUUUCAGUGACCUCCUCACACCUCCCUUUUCGUAUUCCACUUCUGUUAAUUGUUUCAGCAAUUCCUUUCCAUCUUCCUCUGUUUUCUAUCCUAUAAUUAUCUUAACACAUUUUAACCUUAUUUUUCCCUUUAAUUUUCUAUUAAUCUAUUUAUACUUAAUUCCUUAUAACAUUUCUACUAAAGCCAUAUAACUUCAUUCCAACAUUUUUCUAACAUUCAUUAAUUUUACAGUAUUUCUGUAAAUAAUCUUUAAUUUUUUUCCAAUCUUCUUCCACCAACUCUUCUCCCUGGUCUCGGAUUCUGCCAGUCAUUUCCGCCAAUUCCAUAUAGUCCAUCAACUUCAUCUGCCAUUCUUCCCGGGUGGGUAAAUCUUGUGUCUUCCAAUAUUUCGCGAUGUGUAUUCUUGCUGCUGUAGUUGCAUACAUAAAAAAAAUUCUAUCCUUCUUUGGCACCAAUUGGCCGACCAUGCCCAGGAGAAAGGCCUCUGGUUUCUUCAGGAAGGUAUAUUUAAAUACCUUUUUCAUUUCGUUAUAAAUCAUUUCCCAGAAUGUCUUAAUCCUUGGGCAUGUCCACCAAAGGUGAAAGAAUGUACCUUCAGUCUCAUUACAUUUCCAACAUUUAUUGUCGGGCAAAUGGUAAAUUUUUGCAAGCUUGGCUGGUGUCAUGUACCACCUAUAAAUCAUUUUCAUUAAAUUUUCUCUUAGGGCAUUACAUGCCGUGAAUUUCAUACCUGUGGUCCAUAACUGUUCCCAGUCAGCCAUCAUUAUGUUAUGUCCAACAUCUUGUGCCCAUUUAAUCAUAGCUGAUUUCACCAUUUCAUCCUGAGUGUUCCAUUUCAACAGCAAGUUAUACAUUCUUGACAAAUUCUUAAUUUUUGGUUCUAACAAUUCUGUUUCCAAUUUUGAUUUUUCCACCUGGAAGCCAACUUUUUUGUCCAUAUUGUAUGCCUCCAUUAUUUGAUAAUAAUGGAGCCAAUCUCGCACUCUGUUUUUCAAUUUUUCAAAGCUCUGCAAUUUUAAUCUGUCUCCAUCUUGUUCCAGAAUUUCCCAAUAUUUCGGCCAUUUGGCCUCCAUAUUGAGUUUUUUCUGUGCCUUCGCUUCCAUUGGUGACAAUCAUCUUGGGGUUUUCUUUUCUAACAAAUCCUUAUUUCUUAUCCAGACAUUAAACAGUGCUUUUCUAACAAUAUGAUUUUUAAACGCUUUAUGUGCUUUUACCUUAUCGUACCACAAGUAUGCAUGCCAACCAAAUACAUUAUUGAAACCUUCUAGGUCCAACACAUCAGUGUUUUCAAGAAGCAGCCAUUCUCUCAGCCAGCAAAAAGCAGCUGAUUCAUAAUAAAGUUUAAGGUCUGGCAGGGCAGAUCCACCUCUUUCUUUAGCAUCACUUCCUUCUCUCCUAUAGUGCCAGGCUUCUUUUCCUCUCGCCAACUCAGAUGCUUGCUUGGAGAGCUUCUUUCAUUCACUCCCUUACUCUUGUUAGUCCUUCCUGGAUGCUCUCUCCCUCCCUUUCCUGUCCAGGAUGCCACCAGCACCUCCUUUGCCACCAGCCGCUGUUUUAUCUUCCAGCUACUAGGGUAUCUUCUAAGCCACCUCUGCACUUCUGGGUUGCCAAGCUUUGCGUUUAUGUGUUCUUCUCAUCUCCAGCAACUCCCUAUAUGGGCAAUGGCCACUUCCCUGCUCUAUUUUACCAUUCACUUCUAUAUUGUGCAAAAUGUGAGGGUCUCACUGGCCUUGGGGCAUUCAUAUUUUUCAGAGUUAUAGAAUUAGUUCCUGGGUCUAGAGCUGAUUUAAAGAGAGAGCCCUCAUUCUUGCUUGUUGGCAAUUCAAGGGUUCCCCUAUGUGGAGUUCAUCAUAAUCAAAGUGAGACAAACAUCCAUAGCUCGCUCCCUUGACGUCAGCUCCUAGAGACCAAUACCUAUAUCAUCCGCCCUGCCUCCCUGUUGCAGACCAUCUUCUGCUUCUAGUAUCAGGAGAGAGGGAGCAGGGGUUAGAUUUCUCAGCUGGUCACUGCAGCAGCCAAGUAAAAUUUCACAUUGACCAGGAACAAGGGAAGUUAGUGUAACUUGGUGUGGUGUACUCACAUAAUUAACUGGUCCCAAUAUAUUAUUGAGAGAAAUGUAUGCAAUAAAAGUAUUUUUAUGGAUUAUAUCAUUUGUUUAGGGGUGGCAUAUUCCAGUCAAUGAGAUAUCUGGACAUUGGUUUCAUUUGAACGUGAUGCUGGGCACUAGGAACUCCCAACUAUGCUUUUAUCUCUAACACGGACUCUUUGUCCCCAGGCAUGUCUCUAGAGGCCAGGUUUUCCGCGGUACGAAGUACCCACAGCUUCUAUGCAAGCUGUUUGAGGCCCAAACACUUGGCAGUUCAUCCUUGUGCACCUCUGUUCCAUUUUCUGUAAAUUGAUGAUGAUAACCAUCUCCACUGGGUGGCUGGUCAAGGCAGCAACCUUUAUAAAACAUUCCCAAGAGGAAGUGCCAUGUAAAGGCAAGAAACUAUAUCCUUAUGGGGUUUCUCAGUCUUUGUGUAAAAAUUUUGUUUGACUGGAAUCAGCUUUUAUGUAACAAGUAGGCACUUAGAAAGCAGCCAUUAGUUUAGAACCUGUCCCUUGAAUAUGUAUUUAAUGGAACAUGAAUGUACUUCAGUAGGAAUAGGGUAACAUUUCAAGGUGCUGAAGAAUAAGGUCUUUUCUGUGUAGAAGUUGUCCCUAUACGCAGGAGAAACAGUUUUCUAAGGAGAUUUCUAUUCUGAAUUGACGAUUUCCUAUAUCUUACCUGCCAAAUAACAGAUUUAGUGAGGGGGGAAAGUGUAUUUUAAGUCGCCAUAUGUGAUUUCUUGAAGCCAGCUUUCAAGUUUCAGCUGACCUACUUGCAACUUUCUUAUCCUUAUUGGAGCCUUUAACAAGGACAAAGAAAGAUGGUUUUGCCUUUCUCUCUAGCAGGAAUCAAAACCAAGCCUCAACAAGCCCAGUUACAUGCUACUGCAGAAGCCAAAUAAUGGUCAUUAUUCCUUUUCCAUCACUUCCGUGCAGAAGAAUGAGUGGAAAGAGUUGCGAGCGACUGGACCCGUUCGGAAGUAUGUAUGGUUGGUUGCAUGAUACUGACAUGUCCAGAAGGAAAUUAUAUAGGGAAACACCCACUGGCUUCAUUAGUUGUCGAAAGACUAAAAUGAAAUACAUUGCAGAAAUAUAAAGUUGUUGAUGAAGAUGUGUUUCUUCAUUCGUCAUUCUAGCUCCAAACCAGGAAAGCAUUGUUGACAAAGCAGGAGAUAAAUGAUGGUCUUAAUGCAGUUUGUUUGAUUUUUGGUUAGCAUGGAAUGUUGAGUCAGCAGUGGCUUAGCAUGAAUACAUGGGCUCCCAGAGAGGUGAUUGUGGCUUCUUUGCUCCUGUGGCCUGUUGCCGUGGUGCUGCUGUGAGCUAAGCUGUGUCGCCCAAACCUUUGUUCAUGGUUUUAUCCCCAGACAAAGCAUGAGGUAUAGCCAAGAUUUGUUCUAUGGCUUAGCACAUGCUAUGUUAUGGCUUAGCUUGGUGUUACUUGUGAACAGAGCCAUUUAUCUCUUGUCCACCUUUAUAGAUAAAUGAUCAAACAGCUUGUUGUACUCUCCUGUCAUUCGUUAUAACUUAAUAAGAACUUGAUCUGCUUUUCAUUGAAUUAUCAGAAGGUAUUUAAUGUCUCUUUUGCUUUCUAGCUUGAUCGUUUACCCUCCUCCACCUGCCAAAGGGGGACUGGGUGUCACAAGAGAAGAUUUGGAGUGUUUAGAGUAUGGAGAAUUCCUCAAUGAUGUGAUCAUUGACUUUUACCUUAAGUAAGUGUAGUAGAGUAAAAUAAGUAUGGUAUAUAAUAUGUUCCACUCUGGUUACGUGGUGCUAACGCCCGUGGGGAGACUCAUUUUCACCCCUGCCUUUGUACAUGAAUGAAUACAAGAUAAAUUUCCACAUGCAUAAUAUUUGCACAUCUUUUGCAUUUUUGGUAGGUAUCUGUUGUUGGAAAAAGCCCCCAAAGAACUUGCUGAGCGGUCCCAUAUAUUUAGCAGCUUCUUCUAUAAGUGCCUGACAAGGACAGAGGCAAGCACUGAAGAAAACCCAAAUCUUUCGUAAGUUAUCUUUCAGUGUUUUCUGGUCUGCCUUGCAGUCAUAUCCUUCUGGAAAAAGGAGUUUCCUAAUACCUGGCGUGGGCCAGCUAAUACUCUAUAAUUGAUUUGCCUAUUUUGCAUAUUAAGGAUCAAUAUGAACAAUUUAUAUCCUCCUUUGCUGGAUUUGGAGGGACUGAAGAAAAUGCUUCUUCUAGUUCUGACAGACAGAAUUAACUGGUUUGUUAUCCACACAGGAUAGCACAAAGAAGACACGGAAGAGUAAAAAGAUGGACUCGACAUGUAAACAUUUUUAGUAAAGACUACAUUUUUGUGCCUGUGAAUGAAGAGUAAGUUUGCUGCAUUAAUUGAAAUCUAAGUCUUUUCUCAACUUGUAACUUCAGUUGCAGAACAUUUAGCUUGUAUUUAUACUCUGCACACUCAAAGAGUUGCCUGUGUAUAUAGAAGCCUAUAACUGUUUCGUUUCCAAACUGAUAAGCACUCAGUUGCCCAAGUUUGCUAUUAGGUAGAAUUAUGAUGUUGCUUACAGAUUUAAAAUAGAAAUGGUCUACGUACUUGGUGUAUGUGCAGUUGAUAUCUAGAGCUUGGGUAGGUGUUUCUUAAAGUGAGUAUAAAGCCUGAAAUUGUUUAAUGUCUGCAUGCAUCCUCUAUUGUAAUUUAAUUUUUAUUUAGGCACGAUGCAGAAAGAGGGAAGCACUCUUUUGAUUGUAUUGAGCAUAGUUGUUAUCAGAUCUUAAUGGAUAUCACAGUGGGAAAAGGCAAUCGUAGUUCCAAUUCCCCCCCCCCCUUUCUUUUUUUAAAGUAUCAGAUACUGACUUUUUCUUCCUUUCCAGGUCUCAUUGGUACAUUGCAGUUAUUUGCUUCCCUUGGCUGGAAGAAGUUGUAUAUGAGGAUUGCCCAGAUCAAGGUUCACCGCAGUCAUCCGCCCAGCAAUCUCCACGACAGCCAGAAAUUAAACAUGGCACUAUUAGAACAGAAUCAGUUUUGGUCUUUAAUGAUACCAGGAGUGAUAAAGAGCAGCAAGACUUAAAUAGCAACCUACAGCCCAAAGGUAAUGUGCUAGAUGAUGAUAUAUGGUUUAGAAAUAUAAUUAUAUACAAACCUCUUGGACGAAUGAAUUUGCAGGUAAGCUAAUUGGCUCCAGAGAAAAAUUUGUAGACUACUUACCCAUGCAAGAAUCAGUUUGUUGACUUAAGAGUACACCAGUGUUCUAUGAAUCGCUCAUUGAUAAAAUUAUCUCUGAAUGUCAACACAAGGCGUACAGUCUCAGCAUUUGCUCAUCAAUGCUGCAAUAAUAGAAGUAGCUCUGAAAAAAUGUUUCAUUUUAACCGAGCGCUUGAGUUAAUGCAGUGGAAGUGUUGGUAACCAGCUGGCAAAGAUGAAAUAAUAUUCUUUUACAUAUUAUUCUGUCACUGAGAAUUACCUUGCUGCAGAUGAUUUGCUUCAGUUUAUGACCAGGGCUUUUGCAUGCCACACAUUUUCAGUAUAAACCCCCCUCCUUCAAUGUCAUUGUUAUUUUAAACUAUAUUCUGUUGUCUUUGGCAUAUUAGAUAAUGUUCAGCAAGCAACUGUAUCCCCAGGAUUGGAUCACAAAGCUCUCAAAGUAAGUGACUUUGGCCAUGUUUGGAUGAUCAUAUCUCAGCUUAACAAGCUGUGAUGUAAAUGAGCCUUUUGCUCACACCUGCAGCCCCCUCCUUUCUUGGCAAUGUGACCAGUCAAAGCAGGAAGCUUACAGUGAACUGUGGUUUGGAAAGGCAGGAUAUACAUUAAUUAAACUGAACAAGAAGUGCUUUUGUUUAACUGCUAAUAUAUUGGGUAAGGGUCAUAUUUGCUUAUUUGGUCUUGCUUCUUCUGAUCAUAGUUUGUGAAUGUGUUUUUCAGAGCUCCUCAAGCACUUCUAAAAUGAAGAAAAUUUGCAAAAGGUGGGCAUUUACAUUUGUAAUAAUACUACAAUAUGGGGCCAUAUUCACUUUUUCUACACAUACUAAUAAUAGUCAUUAGUUAUCCUAGUGGUACGAAUCUAUUUUAUUGAAAUUUCUCCUGAAAUUCUUAAAACAAGCAUUGAUCCUUUGUGUAAUGAAAAAUAAACAUAAUUUUUCUUUUGUAUAGGCCAUGUAUCCUCAUCUUAGAUUCCCUAAAGGCAAGUUCUGUGCAGAAUACAGUUCAGGUCUUGAGAGAGUGAGUAAUGCUGUGUUUCAUUUGAUUCUGCUUUUUAACGGAUAAUUGUGUUUAAAGUGAUAUUGAUCUAAGUCUGUUUUUAUUGUAUAUACUGUGAGCAACCUGGUGCUCUUGUAUUUUGAAGGAAGGAUAUGCUAUUAAAACGGUAUGUAAUAUAGAGUGUUGCUCUAAUAUUUUAGUAUGUUCAUUUCUAUUUCUUAUAGCCUUACUGUUAUGGAUCCCUGCAACCGAAUCGAUAAAUGCUUGCAUGUAAUUUUGCUUUGUAAAUCAAGACGAGAGACUGCAUGUUUUGAACAUUUUAAGUUGCGCAUUUCAACUGAAAAUUACAUUGCCAAUGAGCAGCAGUAGACAGCCAACACAGUCUGCUCCAGAACCAACACUGAGUAGACCCAAAGACCUGGGUAGCCCCCAGAAUAUCACAUAAUAAAUAGUGUGCUAGCUUUCAAGUUCCAUCAAGCCAGAUGGAAAGGUGGGUGGGAAGCUCAUGGAGUCUGAUAACAAAUAGGAUCCAUCUUAAGACCGUGGCCAGAUGGAGACUCCAUGGCUUCAACUUCAGUCAGGUUUUUCCCUCUCUGCCCCCUACGUAGCUCUGUUUGCCAUCUAACCUAAAGAAGAGUUCUGGAGAACUCAAUAGCUUGCAUACUAUUUUGUGAUACUGUAUUUAGUUAGACCUAAUAAAGAUACUGCCCCGAUAUUAAAAUCAGUGUGACUCAAAUUAACGAUGGUUAGCUUUCCACGUUGACAAGAGGAUAUAAAUGCAGCUAACUUAGGUUACAACUUACCUGGAAGUAAUCCCCGUUGGAACCUUUAGGGCUUACUUUAGCGUAGACACGUUUAGGAUUUCAGUCUUAACCUGCAUCCACCCACCGUAUCUUUCUCUGUUUUUAUUUCAGAUAUCUAGAAGCAGAGUGUGAAGCAAAACGCACAUUUCGUGUGUUCGACAAAUCAACAAUGGUGGAUUUCUGUCCGAGAGUUCCCAAGCAGCAUAACAAUAGUGACUGUGGAGUAUAUUUACUCCAAUACGUGGAAACUUUUUUCCAGGUGCAAAGCAUUUCAGUGGUCCUUUGGGAUGCUAUUUUAAAUUUUCUGGAUAGAACUAUCAAAUCCUUCCUUCCAUAGACAACUUGAGGAAUGGGAAGGCCGAUUUGAUAGCUUCCAGUGCCUGCUUGGGGCAGGGUGUGUGUGUGUGUGUGUGUGUGUGUGUGUGUGUAGUGUUUUCAUUCUUAGGUAUUUUUGUUACUGCUUCUGGAUUUUCUUUAUGUUCAGUAUCUGGUGCAGGAUGACCUAUCUACUUGGUAGUAACUAUUCUGCUUGCAGGCAGAUUUAACCUUUGGUUAAAUUUGCAAAUAACAUAAGUUUAUUCCUGUUUCAGGAAUAUGUGUGGGGUUUUGUGAUUUCUUGUCUCUUUGCAGGGGACUCUGAUUAUUCUGAAUCCCCUUCCUGGUCUGCAGUCCUGGCAUUCUAUGAGAAAACUCUGAGCGAGCAACCCUUUUCAUUUAUUCAUCUUACUUUAAAUACUUAUCUGUAUGGAUAUGGAUAUAGAUUCCAAAAGGAUCCAAAGAGGCUUAAGAAUAAAAAAAAGAACAGUAAUAGAAAUUAACAUAUUUUAGUGUCAUAACACUAAAACAACAACAAAAGGAAAUCAAGGAAAUAAUCAACACAGGCGUUUGCACCCAGGUUUUUAUUAGCUUCAUAUUACAAUAAGAGGACAAGGCUUGGGGAAUCUUAAGAGGCAGAGCAUAAACAGAACAUUAAGUAUCCAUAAUGUUUAGCAGUAGUUGUAUGGGUGUGGACAUCUCACCCCAUGACCUACCAAUCUGGGCUUGCUCUUGCUCUAGGCCAGGCAUAGGCAAACUCGGCCCUCCAGAUGUUUUGGGACUACAACUCCCAUCAUCAGAGAAGCGGACACGGAGCAAUGGAUCCAAACUACAAGAAAGAAGAUUCCACCUAAACAUUAGGAAGAACUUCCUGACAGUAAGAGCUGUUUGACAGUGGAAUUUGCUGCCAAGGAGUGUGGUGGAGUCUCCUUCUUUGGAGGUCUUUAAGCAGAGGCUUGACAACCAUAUGUCAGGAGUGCUCUGAUGGUGUUUCCUGCUUGGCAGGGGGUUGGACUCGAUGGCCCUUGUGGUCUCUUCCAACUCUAUGAUUCUAUGAUUCUAUUCUAUUCUAUGAUUCUAUCCCUAGCUAACAGGACCAGUGGUCAGGGAUGAUGGGAGUUGUAGUGCCAAAACAUCUGGAGGGCCGAGUUUGCCUAUGCCUGUUCUAGGCAGCUCCUGAAAGUGCAGUUCUAUCCAGCAUUGUGCAACAGUUCUCGGAAGAGCAACAAUGCGCAAACUCAUUCCACGCACCCCCUCCCUUUUUUUGCUCCAACUCAUUGACAACGUAUGUUUGUCUUAAUUAUAGUUUGUUUAAUACAAAGUGAACUGUGGGAUUUUUUGCCAGGAGAGCAGGAUAUUUUGUGUCUUUGUGCCUUUUUAAAUUAAUGUAACACUACCCUUUUCUCUCUCUUUUUUAAUCACCAGAAUCCUAUUGUUAACUUUGAACUUCCAAUGCACCUGGAGCGGUGGUUCCCUCGCCAGAUGGUGAGAAGCAAGCGGGAAGAAAUUAGAGACUUAGUCUUGCAGCUUCACUUGCAGCAGCAGAGUGGCACCAAAAGCUAGCCUGAAUUCCCUUCCGAUUUUGCAAAAGAACUUUGUCCCAGGCGUACUGGAAAUCCGAUCGGCAGCGUUUGUGCUUCUAUUCUUGCAGAGAAGAAAAACUGCAGAUAAAAUGGUGUGCAUUUUAUAUCCAAGUUGAUCUGUGGGUCAUUGUGAGAAAAUGGAACUACAAAAUAGCAAUUAUGUAACUUAAAGUAAAUAUUUGUGACAUCGACCAAUUUUAUUUGGAAUAUAGAAGCAGCAUAACUAGAAUGUGCUGCAGAGAUGGGAAAACAUUUUAGCCCUAAAGGGUUCAUUCCUAGUUUCCAGAUACAUCUGGAACUGUGUGAAACUACAUGAAAGGGAGACAUUAACAACCCAUUUUAGGUAGGGAUUCUUCCCAUGUGAUGUCUUAAAGCCAUGUGUGUCCUCUUGCAGACAUCUCUCCCAUGUCAAAAAUGGUAUUGUUGAACAGAUGUUUAUUCUGGUUGCUUUGAAUAGGUCACAAAUGCUACUGGUCUCAGUGGGGUUUUUUUGUUUUUUUAUUCUGACAUACCUUGCUCUUUCUUAGAAGUUGACAUGCCUAAAACCUUGCUCUUACAUUUUUGGAAUUCAAGAGUGGAAUGUAAAACCAUUCCUGAAAUUUAGAAAGAGAUGUUCUUUUUUUUCUUUCUGUGUCUGACUUGAUCACUUAAACCAGAUUCAGAGCUGUAAUCGUUCUCUGCUGUGCAGCAGUUAAACGAAUGCUAUGAAUACUAUGUAUUUCACUAUAUAUAUAAGGCCAUAUGGUCUUCGCUGUACUGGAUACAGUUGUAGCUUACAUCUGACAGGGCAUCACCCUGGCAAGAGUUGUUUAAGUGUUUCAGUAAUUGUAUUUGUUUGUGGGGAGUGGGGAGAGAAAUGUGAUUGUUAAUCACUUGGGCUAAAAUCCUGUUUUCACUUAGGGUGAAGCCCAUGUAGCAUGAGCAGGCAUUUGCUUGUGCAAAGGGGCUUCUCCCUCUUCUGCUUCCCCAGCCGCCCACUCUGGGACUCUGUGGCAGAAUUUGUGGUAUGUGGGUGGCAGGAACUGAAGGAGAAGAGAAACCGGAAGCCCCACUGCAUUUCCAUUGCACAAUCAGGUGGGCACCAUUGGUUGUCACCCUUACCUGCAAGUUAAGUCCCACAGAACACAAUGGGACUUAGAACCAGGUAAGCAUGCGCAGGGUUACAUUGUGAAUAAUGUAACCAAAUUCUAUGGAAGGGAAAACUGCUGGUUUUAAAACAGGCACUGACUCAGUUAUUUCAGAGACAUAAUAUACUUUGAAAAGCUGAAUGCUUGUGAUUCCCCCAAGUACCUAUACUUGUAGGAAGAGCUAAUCAUGCAAGAGGUUCAGCUGAAGUAAAAGUCAUUUGUGUUACAUUGUCAAAUAUUUAAAUCUGGAUUGAUCGUGUAUUUGAUAAGCUACAAGUACUGACUGAAUAAAUAUAGUUCCUUUUUUCCAAAAGAUGUGAGCUUUCUCACGGACAUGCUUCUGCCAUAAUUCAUAACAGAAGGAAUAAGAGACUUGUUAGAGAAGGGGUUGUAUAUCAUUACUGUGUUUGAAAAUUGUGUUUCAAACAACAGCGACCCAGAACUCCUAUAUUAUAAACUAGAACCACCACUAAUGACUUGGGACAAACAAGACAAAGCCCGGAAACUUGAAGUGAAAAUUUCUUUUAAGCACAGAAAUACUUGUUUCUUUGCAUUGACUACUGAAAUUGUAAUGGCUAUCAAGUACAAAUACUUUUGAAGACUCGUGUCGCAUACCCUUUUUCCUGCAUGAGAUAAGGGGGGCGGGGGAGAGACUACAUACACUGCCAGUUGUGAACAUGGUAAGAUUGUGUAUUUUGCUCUGAUUACAUGUAUUGGAAAUUUUGUUUCAAAAUAUCUAGAAUCACAGCAAAAUAGACAUUUGAUGUUGCCCUCAAAUGUACAUUUUCUGUAUGCACAUAGUAACUAUCUCCCCCCCCCUUUAUUUUUAAGUAUGUGUGAAGUGUGGCACUGAGCCAAAACAAGUGUCACAGAAAGAAGAAAAAGUUGCUUAGAAAUUACUUUGCUAAGUAUUUUCACUACAGCCAGUGGUACCUAGCAGGGGCACUUGACACAUAUAUUUCUUGACCUAUGGCUGUUUAAUUGGAUUUUCUGCUCACAUUUCUGUUGAAAAUACUCCCAUGUCCUUUGCCAUUCGAAUGUGAAUCGUCUUGGUGUAACUUUCAUGGGGCUUACAUGUUUCGUGUUCAGCCAGAUCUUCAUUCUUUCUCAUAUGAGCUCCACACUGUCUUUCUCUCAUGUAUUAUUGACUUGCUUCAUAUCGAUGAGAAUAUCAGAGGAAAGAAGAACCAUCUCAGCCCUAGUAUAUAUAGAGUACAAGGUGAUAAAGCUUGCAGGGCUGUCUUCCCCCAGAAUCUAAAGCAUCUCAGUAAGAACCCAGCAGCAAUAAAUGCCUCCAAACUUAUUUAUUAAUUAAGAAUGGUCACAUUGUUUAUAUUGAAUGGCAUAUUGGAGUGGAUGGGUGUUUAAUUCUUAUAAAUUGUAAUGUCUGUUUUAAGUUUCUUCCAUAAAAUUACCUGCCUGUUUUGGAUCUUGAGUUCAUUUGUAUGUUUUUUGUUUUUUUUUCAAAUUAAAAGAAGGAGCAACUUUGUUAGAACAUAAUUGUUUGUUGCGUUUUUUUUACCCUUCCAUUCGCUCAGGAUCAUAUACCGGGUUCCCUACCUCCUCUCUUAUCUUCACAACAAUCCUGUGAGGUAAUAAUUUGGCCAGCUUCACAUGACUAAACUUUGGUGUCCCUGGCUGUCCAGUUGUUUGUCUCGUGAGACAAUGGAAGAGUGUGCCUUCAGGGAUGAAGACAAACUGUUGGAGAGUUACAACGCCUGCUGUGGCUGUGGAGACCAGUACAAGAGAGGCAUGCUAUGUUACAGCUGGGGUAGAUGGAGGCGUGCGGUUGUUCUGAUGCAUGUCUACCAAGACAUUAUACCAUAUUGGCCACAUAUCUUACAUGCAUACAGUUAAGGGUUUUUUUCAGUUUUAAGUUCAGUUUGCCCCAUUUUCCACAUCAGUAUGCAAACUUUAAAGUUCUGCAUGCAAUUGUCUAGAACAGGGGUCUGCAACCUUUAAGACAAAAAGAGCCACUUGGACUCGUUUCCGAAGGAAAAAAAACUGGGAGCCGCAAAACUCGCCAUUAUAAGAAUAACUUUUUUGUCACUUUUUUUAUUAUUUCUUUGUUUGACCCCUCAGAAUUACUCCUCCUCAUAGAAAUAAACGUUAAAUUAACAAGUU